AGGAGGUAGAUGCGUGUACAACACACCCAUCUCCGGCGUCCACACCAUCUCCUCGUGAACCGUCUCCAUCAGCGCGUUGACCAUCGCGGGGUCCUUCAGCAGCGCGUACACCCCCCGCAUGUCCCCGCACAUGAACGUGUUGUGGACGGCCACGUCUCGGCAGCGCACCGCGGGAGGGGGCGCCCGGACCUCCUGCAGCUUCCUCCGCCCGGGCCCAGGCGCUCCUCUGCCCGCUGAGGGAGCGGGGGGAGGCAAGGGCGCAGGCGCCAGCGGGGCCCGGGUCAUCGCUCUCCUGUGGGCCAGGGCCCGCCGGGCAUUCUCCCAGUCCUGGUGCUCCUGCUCCAGCCUCAGGGAGCGGAGGGAGGUGUCGGUGUAGGGGAAGGUGUCCUUCGACAUUCAGUCAACGCACGGGUCUAUACAGGAUAGUAAUAAUGAUAAUAAUGUGGUAUUAGCGAAGGAACUGUGUCAUUCAAAUGGAACAGUAAACAAGGUCACCUUUGCGGUUUACUUAUAGUUAUUUAUUACAGUUUAAGUAUCAUAAUUCUUAGUUUGGAGCGCUUUUGAAGACCCCAAGGACACAAUGCAUGAAAGAAAAUAUUAAGAAGUCAAUAGGUUGCUUUAAGAGGAAGAGGAUACACGAUGAAAUGGCAAAAACAGUCGCAAGGAAAACGGGAAGUAAAUGUUGAUAAGGGAAACUGGUUUCUGCAAUCCGACCUGUUUUCAGAAGGGAUAUGUAAAAUAAAUAUAUAAGCUCCGAUCUGAAUACAUAGCUGUUAUACUCACGCUGUCUUGCAACAGUUGUCUUUGGGUUCAGAUACACGCACGUAAAAAAUUGACAAGUGGAGACUGGUUUAAUGACCUACUGUGUCAAAACUGUUUUCCACGCAACUCCAACAGUGGUUAUUAUUAGAUAUGCCUGCAAGCUGAUACGCCGAUGCUGUCCUGUCCAGAUCAGACAACUAGAGGGGGGUGUUGUUCAGGCUCCACUGCGAGGAUGUCCUGUCCAGAUAUGACCACUAGAUGGCGGUGUUGUUCAGGCUCCGAUGCGAGGCUGACAAACGUCAGGCGGGGUGGGGCCAGACCCGGAAGCGCGUUAGUAAACAGUGCGUACGUCAGCACGUUGAGCUCAAACGCAGCGGCGCCAAGGCUAAACUUUUCACGAUGCAUCUCGAUGAUGGCUCGAUUUCCUUUCUUUUGUUGUCAAGUAAGACAGCGGGGUGGUAUUGAUGUUAUGAGAUAAUUAAUGGAUUGCGUUUAUCCCCUGCCACCGUUGAAGAUGAUUAUAUAAAAGUUUCAGUUUCACCAAAUCCCAGCAAUGACCUGCAAUCUAAACGGAUUGUUCAGCAUUGGCGAUGACUUUGACGAUGAGGACCUGUUCGAGGCAGAGUGGGCUGCCCCAGCAGUGCCAGCCUGCGUGUCCGCUCCCGUUCCAUCCUCUGCACUGAGUGCUCCUACUCCAGGUGGCCAGGACAACACUUCCCCCCACCGGACCCUCAAAGCCCUCAAUAAGGACACACGCGGCCCCACGCAGGCGGCUGCCACAGACACUGUCCGUCCGGGCUUGAGGCAGAUCUCCUGCGUUCCAGAACCUUCCUCGUCCUCUGCACAGCACGCCUGUCCGGACGUGGCCACCCAGCUGAGGCGCUCAGCAGGCGACGAGCCCCAGAAGGCCUCUGAGGUCCGGGAUGAGUUCGAGGACUGGGACGUGGACCUCGCGGACCUGGAUGAGAGCGUCCACCAGGCGGGCCCGGGGGUCCAGAACCAGAAGGCGUUAGCCCCCCCCACCGCCGGGGAGCUCAUAUCCUCGGCCAAUAGGCUCCGCCCCCCAAACCAUGGGCGGACACACCCUGAAUCCCGGACGCCGUACCGAGGGUCUGGCGGUGUCUCGCCGUCGCCACGCCGACCGCCGCACUGCGUGCCGUCGGGCCCCCCGGGGCCCCGCCCCUCUUUAGGCCCCGCCCCUCCCUGGAUCCCCGUGGUGUUCAACGUCCCCAGCAGCCCCUCCCCCCGGGCAACGAGAGGCUCUCACCACCCCCCAUCGCAGAGGCCGUGGACCACGCCCGGGGGUGGCCCCGCGCCCCCCCCCAUGUACAGCCCCCGGCCCCUGAGCACGCCGGUGCUGACCAACCACCUGGUCCGGCUGGUGUCGGCCGCCAACAACCCCCCCAGGAAGAGGCCUCGCUCCGGGGCCCAGCCCCCCAGCGCCCGGCGCUUCCCCGGGCCCGCGGGGCUGCUGCCCCAGCAGUCCCUGAACCAGAGCCUGGAUGACAUCGUGGUGUCGGUCCCUCAAACCCCCGCCCACGGCGCUGUGGCUCGCCUGCCAAGCCAGUGUUCCGGCUCCCAGUCAGAGGAGGAGGAGUUCACCAGUGGGCCCUGGGGGGCCAUGAAGGCAGACAUGGGAUUGGACGAGAGGAACGCCACGUGUUUCCUGCACUCGUACAGCGUUGUCAUGGUGCUGCGGAAGGCGGCGUUGAGGCAGCUGGCCCAGAACAAGGUGCCCAACAUGGCGGUGCAGCUGAAGAGCAUCAUGCACACGCACGCGGACGCCAAGGCCGUGUUCAGAGACCCCACAGGUGAGAUCGCGGGCACGGUGCACCGGCGCCUCCUGGAGGACCGACUUGGCGAGCUGAAGGCGGGUGCGGUGCUGCUGCUCAAACAGGUGGGUGUGUUCUCGCCCUCCCACCGUAACCAUUACCUGAACGUCACGCCCAGUAACCUGCUGAAGAUCUACCCCCCGGAUGGAGAGGGCAGCUCCUCCACCUCCUUCUCCUCCUCCUCCUCCGUCACCCCGUGCCUCCCUCCUCUGAUGCAGGAGCCCGCCUGCCCGUCCACCUCGGCCCCUUGGGGCCCCGUCUCCUCCAUGCAGCUGGAGCUGGAGGACGACGACGAAGACGACGACGAUGAGGAGGUGUGCCAGCGAGGGGUCGCCCCAGGGACCCGCUCGGAGGAGGUUCCCCCCGGCACGGAGCUCCAGGGAGGCCCGCAGGACCCGGCCUGGGACGGGGGCGGAGACGAUGACCUGAAUGAGCUCCUGGGAGACUUACUGGAGGACAGCUCCAGCGUGUGACCCCAGGACCCCCCCCCCAGACGCCCUCUCCUCCAGACGGGGAACACUACUUCUGUUUUACUGCUUUAUUUCGUUCUGUAAAGAGAAAAGAAACCUUUAUUUUCAAAGUAUAUCUGACUGUGGUUGUGUCAGUCUGUGUGUGUGUGUGGUUUCAAAAUAUCAUUGUUGUACACGGUUCGGUAUAAAUCAUUUGUUGACCCACACGCACUCUGUCAUUAAUUAAAAUGGCUAAUGGCUAAGCAGCCUCGCUGAUUGCAGAAGCACUUUUCCUCUCGCAGCGAGGUCACGUGGAGUGACACAUUCAGCGGAGUAAGCAAAUCACACGGCUGCUCUUGAUUCAACUACGGUGUUUUGCUUCCAGUGGCAGAGUGCAGUGAGCUUCCACCUCUCCCACUGCUACCCUUGGUUGUCCUUAAUACAUCUCUGUCAUGUGUACCACACCAUUUUCUUUUUUUAUAAAGAACUGUUUA